UCUCUCUCUCUCUCUCUCUCUCUCUCUCUGCGAGAACCCUUUACUAGCUCAUCACCGACACGAACUGGGUUUCGUUAUUCUUCAUUUUCUUCCCCAUCUUUUUCUUGUACGACGUUGUCCGCUACACAGCAAAUAAUCAAAAUGGUGGUAGUACCCUCGCCGACCCAACUUAGCACCGAGAAACUUCGAGCCGUAGACCUUCCUAUAGUAGACUUGUCAGCCGACAGAGCAGAGGUCUCAAAGCUCAUCGUUAAGGCCUGCGAAGAGUACGGUUUCUUUAAGGUUAUCAACCAUGGUGUCCCCGAGGACAUCAUUGUAAAACUGGAACAAGAGGGGCGCGACUUUUUUGCCCUACCAGUGUCCGAAAAACAACGUGCUGGGCCGGCAAAUCCCCUGGGCUAUGGCUGCAAGAGCAUAGGCUUCAAUGGAGACAAGGGAGAAGUUGAGUAUCUUACGCUUAAUACUAAUCCUCUCUCCAUUGCCCAGAGAUCCAAAACCAUCUCCAUUAAUGACCCUUCGAAAUUCAGCAAUGCCGCGAGCGGGUACAUUGAAGCAGUUGAAGGGCUAGCUUGUGAGCUUUUGGAACUAAUGGCAGAGGGCAUGCUGAUCCCAGAUACCUCAGUGUUUAGCAAGCUGAUCAGGGACGUUGAUAAUGACUCCAUCCUCAGGCUCAAUCACUAUCCACCCCUGCAAGCAGUGGAGUGCAAAGACUGGGACACCUCACCCACCUAUGCAGAUAGCCAUAAGGUUGGAUUUGGAGAGCAUUCUGACCCACAGAUCUUGACCCUUCUGAGAUCCAACGAUGUGGGUGGCCUUCAAAUUUCUGUAGAGAAUGGGGUGUGGAUCCCAGUCCCUCCUGACCCCACUGCUUUCUGGGUCAAUGUGGGUGACAUGUUACAGGCGAUGACAAAUGGAAGAUUUGUAAGCGUACGACACAGAGCAUUAACAAACGUAAGCAAGUCUAGAAUGUCAAUGGCAUACUUGGGGGCUCCACCCCUCCAUGCAUGGAUAAGUGCACCUCCAGAAAUGGUCACUCCCAACAGCCUGUCUCUCUACAGACCCUUCACUUGGGCUGAAUACAAGAAAACAACCUACUCUCUUAGCCUCGGGGAUACACGUCUUCACCUUUUCAGGGCAUCCUGCACAGACCAUGCCGGAGCCGGAGUUGCCUAGCUAGCUAGUUUCCUGAGUUCAGUGCUACUGUGCGGCAUGUGGAAUAAUGACAGUUCUUUCAAUUGGGUUUUCCUUUUUCUUUUUUUGUGCAUGGCCAAAAGGAAGAUCGAUACAAUGGGGUUUGAGGGUAUACAAAUCUUCCCCAUGCAUAUCUUUAGGCUCUUGCUUAGAGAUCAAUGAUAUACUAGUAUUAAUGGUACAACUUCAAAAACAAAAAAUGUUAUUGC